GAAGGAAAAUAAGAGGAACAAGUGGUUAUCCUCUCUCUCUCUCUCUCUCCCCCAAAACCUCUCUUCCUGCGAAAACAAUGGCAUCGACAAGUGCCUUCGCUGCCCAGAUUUCGAACUUGCACGGUUGGGCAAAGGCUUCACCAUCUUCAGUUUCCUGUAACUCAUCUCUGUAUCAAAGAAGUACAAAUACAAAUCAGGUUGGUAUGUGGAUUUUGUCACGGUCUGCUUGUCAAAAGCUCGGGUAUAAUCGUAGAUCACUUCACAUGUGUGCUUUAUUUGGAGGAAAAAAAGAAAACAAUGAGAAGAGCGACGAUUCAUCUCCAAAGGCAGGAAUUUUUGGAAACAUGCAAAAUUUAUACGAGUCUGUGAAGAAGGCACAAAUGGUUGUCCAGGUUGAGGCAGUCCGGGUGCAGAAAGAGCUGGCAGCAGCAGAAUUUGAUGGUUAUUGCGAAAGUGAGCUAAUUAAGGCGACGCUAUCUGGAAAUCAGCAACCUUUACGAAUUGAAAUCACUGAAGCUGCAAUGGAGUUAGGACCAGAGAAACUCUCACUUCUAGUAACUGAGGCUUAUAAAGAUGCUCAUCAGAAAAGUGUUCAGGCCAUGAAGGAAAGGAUGAGUGAUCUCGCACAGAGCUUAGGAAUGCCUCCGGGACUCAGUGAGGGAUUCAGACAGUAACGCUACCUGUUCUAGCCGUAUCCUUGCCAGACCAAUUUUGUGCAAUGGUUAGGCGUAAUCCUUGUUUAUUUAGUGAACUUAAAAUUGUGGUCUUGACCAUUUAAUUCCUUCAUUAGAAGGCUUGUAUGUUGAACUUGUUGAAUGACACAUCCAAUACAUCCCUUUA